AUGGAUAACAUCUGCCAGGGAUGUCAGGCUAUCCACUUCAGUGAUGAAAAAACAAAAGCGGGCCAAACGGCUUACCAAAUGUGUUGCGCCGCCAACAGAGUGAAACUACAAACCUUCCAUUCUUUUCCGCAAGCCUUGAUCGAUCUCUACACAGAUCAGAGCUCCACAUCGCACAGCUUCAGGCAAAACAUAAGGAAUUAUAAUAGUGGUUUGGCUAUGGCUUCAAUGGUGGCGAAAAUUGAACCCCCUCGAGGGAGCGGCCCCUAUUGUUUCCGUGUACACGGACAAGUGUACCACACUAUCGGGGGACUUCGUCCGCAGGAAGGCCAGGUGCCUCACUGCGCACAAGUCCUCAUAAUGGACACCGAGGAGGCUGCGAGAGAAUUGACUGCCCGCCCCGUCAACCGCAGCUGCCAGCAGUCUAUAUUCCACACUCUCCACAAUAUCCUGAACGAGAACAAUCCAUAUGUGAAGUCUUUCAAACUCAUGGCUCAGGUAGCUGAUGAUGAAGGUCAACGAGCGCGAAACGACGGCCGUCUCCCGAGACCGGUGAGGAUGGUUUUCGACCAAGAUUCUGCGGACGACCAGCGUCGGUACAACGCUGCGACCGCUAAUGAAGUUGCGAUCGUAUACGUGGGGGACGACGACAACAUUCCUGGAGAGCGGCUCUUAGUGGUGCACGAGAACAGUGGAACACUGAAAACUCUAAGCUAUCUGCAUCAGCUUUGUGAUCCACUAACUUAUCCGCUUUUGUUUCCGAAUGGCGGGGAGGGUUGGCACCCGAAAUUGGAACGUCUGAACCCAACAUCAGACCGUCGAACUAGAAUUACUCAAAAAGAGUAUUACUCAUUUUUGCUCUUCGCUCGAGACCACCAAUUCAAUCCUCUCCACCACGCUGGCAAACUAAGCCAACAGUUCAUCGUAGACAGUUGGCUGAAGAUUGAGAUGAACAGACUUAACUUCAUUCGCCGCAAUCAACAACUACUAAGACUCGACACUGUUCGUGGACUUCAAGAUCACAUGUUGAGCGACAAUGAUGCGGGACCACCGGGUCGGCAAGUCAUCCUUGCAACCACUUUCUCUGGAGGUCCCAGAUAUAUGAUAGCUCAAUAUCAAGACGCAAUGAGCAUUGUAUCGAAGUAGGGAAAACCAGACUUAUUCAUCACCUUCACCUGCAAUCCCUCUUGGCCAGAGAUAACUACUCAUCUCGAAACAGGCCAGACUGCAUCCGACCGACCAGACUUGGUAGCGCGCAUAUUUCAUUUGAAGGUCAAAGCAUUCUGCAAUGAAGUCCUCAAGAAGCAAGUGCUCGGGGAGGUGGCCGCCUACAUCCACGUCAUCGAAUUUCAGAAGCGAGGUCUACCUCAUAUGCACAUGCUUCUCACUCUGAAGGCCGAAUCGAAGAUAACCACAGCUGCCGAUGUCGACUGUAUCAUCAGCGCCGAGCUACCCGAUCCCGUAACGGAGUCUUCUCUCCACAUGAUCGUCUCCAAAUCAAUGAUACAUCGUCCCUGCGGAGUUUACGACCCCAACUCUCCAUGCAUGAAACAGGGUCACUGUUCAAAACGCUACCCAAAAUCUUUUCGGAGCGAAACUUCACUCUCUGGAGACGGUUACCCCGAGUAUCGUCGUCGUGAAGAUGGGCGAACCAUAACUUGCCGGGGUCUUGAUGUUGACAAUCGGUCGGUGGUUCCUUAUUGUCCCUAUCUGACUUUGCUUUUUAACGCUCAUAUCAACGUUGAGGUCUGCGCUCUCAUCCACGCUGUAAAAUAUUUGUAUAAAUAUGUUUACAAGGGAGCCGAUAGGGCCAGACUCCGGAUUCAUCAAGAGCCUGACUCCCCCGACCCACAAGAUCGUGACGAGAUCAACUCUUAUUGGGACACUCGAUACGUAUGCGCCCCAGAAGCAGCAUACAGGAUUUUUGGCUUCAACAUGACCGAUCGCAGUGACACCGUGAUUCGACUCCAAGUCCAUCUCCCUGGCUUUGAAACCGUUUGCUUCCAAGAAGGCUCCGAAGACAGUGCACUGCAAGCCGCCGAGCAUCGUUUCUCAACGCUCACUGCUUUCUUUGAUAUGAAUCAAAGGUGCUGCGAUGUUGAACUCCGUUCGGGUUCAUUUCCUGAAGACAUGACAGAUUCCAGGAAACUCCGCUACCAUGAAAUGCCGGAAAAAUACACAUUCAAGAAGCGAUGGCAUGAGCGACAACGCGGCGGCAAUAGAAGCAUAGGACGCAUGUACUUUGUGAGUCCCCAUGAUCACGAGCGCUAUGCCUUACGCCUUUUACUACUUCACGGCAAAGGUUUCACAUCCUUCGAAGACGUUCGCACGGUCGACUCAAACACAUACCCCAAUUUCGUUGAGGCCGCUAGGGCCGCAGGAUUCCUAAAGGAUGACGGAUAUUUCCGCGACGCCUUACUUGAAGCAUCAGUCUUACGUAUGCCGAGCCAAUUCCGAAGCUUCUUCGUCGCUCUGAUUGUGUUCGGUGAUCUGAAACCUCCCGUCCCCGAGCAUCUGUGGCUCGAGUUCAAGCUAGAUUUCAUGGAGGAUUUCAUGCACGCUGGAUAUCCCGACGCAAUAUCGCUACCGAAAUCGACUGUGACCAACAUCGCUCCAUGGGAUUUGCUCAUGUACGCGCAACUAAAUCUCGAACAGAAGCAUAUAGUUGACGAAGUUCUACGUGCUCCGGACCAACCCCAGGAUCACUCUUACUAUUUCAUUGAUGGUCCCGGUGGCAGUGGGAAAACGUUCGUGUAUACGACCAUAUUCCACCUUGCCGUUUCUAGAGGUCUGAGAGUUAUCAACGUUGCUUGGACGGGCAUCGCCGCAAACUUGCUCCCAGACGGUCGCACGGUCACUUCGACUUUCCGUUUGAUUGUUCAAGACAACAGUCGCAGUUCAUCCAUGAAGAAUCAGUCCAAAGAAGCUGCCAAAUUACGAGCAACUGAUAUCAUCAUAUGGGACGAGGCUCCCAUGGCGCCGAAAACUGCUUUGGAAACUGUUGACCGACUUCUACGAGAUAUAAUGCAGAACGACGCACCUUUUGGAGGGAAAAUCAUGCUCCUCGGCGGCGAUUUCAGACAAAUCCUCCCAGUCGUGGAGAAAG